UCUCUCUAUUGUUAUCCCGAGUACUGAUUUCUCUUCUGUUCAUCUUUAUCUUUGCAAGGCAGUCUCGAUCGAUCCCUUUUACCUUUUCAAACGUUUUUCUCUCCCGUUACUUUUUAUUUUAUGAAUCGCAAAUUGUUUUGUAACUACAUAGAAGUGAAGUGAUUUCCGUCUCCUUUCUGGGUUCUUCUGAUCAUCUCCUCUUCUUCGAAAAGAUUAUCUUUUUGUUAGCAGAAAAAAGGUUCAAACUUGAUGGAUUUGAUGACUUCCUGAGAUUUCUUGGUCUUUCUGAGACUUUGCCAUUGAGCUUUCGAAGAGGUGACCCUUUAGAUCUAGUUCUAUGUAAAAGCUAUGCUUUUUUUUUUUGUUUCUUUUCUUCACCCUUCUGAGUGUUUCUUUCAUUUGAUUUCAAUUAAUCUUUCUGUUCCCAGCUUUUUUCACUUUGCCUUCUCUAUCAGUAUCUUCUCCCAAUUGGUUCUGAUACGUAAAAAUGGCAUGUUUGGAAGAGAGACAUUCUCAAUACGAGAAUUUUGUUGUUAUAUGCUUGACUGAAGCUAAGAAUGAGAAUUGCAAUUCAAAUUAUGAAACAAAAUUGCCUUUUGAUUAUUGCCAGCCUUCAACGGCAUGCAAUAUUGAGAAAGCUGGAGUUCAGAAGCCUUGCAGAAGCUCCUGCGACUCAAAUACUUCCUCUGACUUGGAUUUGGAGUCAGGGCCAGUGGAUGUUAAGUUGAUAGUGGAAGAGUCUGAGAAGGAUUGCAGGAUUUGUUCUAUCAAUUUAGAGUCUUAUAGCCGGGAAUUGGGCAUUCCAAUUGCCUUGGGCUGUUCCUGUAACGGUGAUUUGGCUUUUGCCCACCAGAAAUGUGCAGAGAAAUGGUUUAAAAUCAAAGGAAACAAGAUCUGCGAAAUUUGUGGCUCAACUGUGAGAAAUUUGGUUGGAUUUGGGGAUACCAAAACCAUUGAGGACUCGAUCAAAUCAGGCCAUAAUACAGCAGCAGCAACUGAAACUCAAAGAUUUUGUCAGGGGCAUAGGUUGAUUAAUUGUAUACUAGCUUGGAUGCUAAUUGCCAUAAUUCUAUGUUGGCUUCUUCGCUUAUACACUCGCCAAGAAUACCAAAAGAACAUUAAAGAUUGAAUAAGCUUGUUCACUUGUUAUGAAUGUUAAUCAAUGAGCAGAAGAUAAUGGAUUUUUUUU